AUGCCAUUAAAUUUAGUCGAAAUUAUUGCCAAUAAUCAGGGUAAUAGUACGACACCCUCUUAUGUCGCUUUUACCGAUACGAGACGUCUUACUGAUGAUGCUAAAAAUCAAGCUGCCAUGAACCCUAAAACGUCUCAUUGGACGUAG